UCCAAAAUCCGAUUGUUGUUGACGAAUGUUUGAAUUGAAUUUCCAUUUUUGCGAAUGACAGACUCAAAAAUUGAAUUUUGAAUAGUGUUGAGACUUUUUUUUAAAGUGAAAAACUUUAACGAGAUACAUAAUUUUUGUGCGAAGGAAUUGUUUAUCUCAUAUAGUUUCUAGUUAAAUAUAUUUUAUAUCUUUUUAAAACGUGACCUGUUGCACACUUUAUUAAGUUUUUAAGAUAAACGAUGCACAGGGAUACUCCACCACCUUCUCCAGAUAUGAAUGAGCAAAUAGAAGACGAAGAUAUGAUAUAUAUAGGUGAUGUAGAAGAAGUGAUAGAUGCAUAUGAUGCAGGAGAUAUUGAAGAAGAAGAUGCAAUGGAGGAAGAUCCUUCAGAAGGAGAUGCAAUUUGUGUUUUUACUGGUCAUAAACGAGGUUCUGUUUUUUGCGGUACUUUGAGUAAAAAUGGAAAACUAGCUGCUACAGGUGGUGAAGAAGAUAAAGCUUAUGUUUGGGAUACAUCAACAGGAGAAAUUAUUCUGGAUUGCACAGGUCAUAAAGACAGCAUUAUUUUUUCAGCAUUUAAUUAUGAUGAAUCAUAUUUAGCUACUGGAGAUAUGAGUGGUCUGAUACAAGUUUGGAAAGUAGCUGAUAAAAUUAAAAUUUGGGAUUAUAAUAUGGGUGAUGCUACUUGGAUGAUGUGGCAUAUAGCUGCAAAUGUUUUAUUAGCAGGAUCUGUUGAUGGCGAAAUAUAUAUGUGGAAAAUACCUGAUGGAGAUUGCAAAGUUUUACAAGGAUAUGGCUGCCGGGCAGAGACUGGUGCAAUAUUUCCAGAUGGCAAGCGUAUAGCAAUAGGUUAUGAAGAUGGAGUUGUUAGGAUAUUAGAUUUAAAAACUAAUUCUGUAUUAUCAUUCAUAUCUUCUACAUAUGGUCAUUCUCAUACUAUAACUACUAUCGAUUGUCAUUCUGAUAACAAUUUAAUACUUUCUGCAGCUGUAGAUGGAAAAACAAUAAUCAGUACUUCAAAUACUGGAAAGAUAGUUUCUAUUUUGCAAAAUCUUAAUAAUAAUGAGAAGAAUAAUGUAAUUAAUGAUCAAGAUGCUGGAAAUAGUGAAGAAAAUAAAGAGAUAAAUAAUUGGGUAGAGACAGCAGUUUUUUGUAAAGAUCCAACAUUUCAAGUUGCUGCAACUGGUACAGUGAAUGGAGAAAUUUUUAUUUGGGAUAUUUCAAAACAGAUGCUUAGACAAAAAAUAACACAAGAAAGUGGUAUAUCUAAACUUGUAUGGAAGGGAAAUACGACUGUAUUAUUUUCUGCAGGAUUAGAUGGUAUUUUGAGGUGUUUUGAUGGAAAAAAUGGUCAAUGUUUACGUUCAUUUGUAGCACACACAGCAGAUAUUCUUGACCUAUAUAUAUCUGAAAAUGGAGAAAAAGCAUUGACAACAUCUGAUGAUUUUACAGCUAGAAUUUUUGACAUUUCAUCUUUACCUUAACAAAAUUUUUAGAUA